AGAAUGAAGACGAUAAGCCAACGGCCCUUCCUUAUCUACUUCAUCCCUUCACUAGAGCACUUCGCAUCUCCCUCACCUUAACCAACUACAAUGGCCUCUUCUUCUUUGUUCGCCUCAUCUCCUGUGCUACAAACCUUAGCUCCUUUCGCCAAGAACAAACCUACGCCAUUUCACUUCCAACAUCAAUUUGGAAGACACCCAUUUCAGGGUUUUUCAAUCAAGGCUCAAACCCUUGAUUUCUCUGGUACAUUCUUUGAAGGAGGAUUGGGAGGUGAAGAUGACCCCAACAACUCAUCCGGCUCUGUUGCCACUGCCAUUGAAGAAAAAGAGGAGCCCCAAUGCCCACCUGGUUUGAGACAAUAUGAAACAAUGGCUGUUUUAAGACCCGAUAUGUCUGAAGAUGAGCGACUCUCUCUUACCCAGAAGUACGAAGAGUUGCUUGUGGCUGGGGGUGGCAUGUAUGUGGAGGUAUUCAACAGGGGUGUCAUCCCUCUUGCUUACAGCAUCAAGAAGAAAAACAAAGCUGGUGAGACCAACACUUACUUAGAUGGUAUCUAUCUCUUGUUUACCUAUUUCACAAAACCCGAAUCUUUGGAGGUUCUGGAGACAACAUUGACGAUGGAUGAUGAUGUCAUCAGAUCAUCCACCUUCCAGAUACGGAAGAGGAAGUAUUAGUACUAUAUUUCUUUCGGUUUUAGCUUCAAAAGAAUCUAAAUCUUUUUUAGGGUUCUUGAAAUUGUAUGUCAUAUAAGCAUCAUGAUGUUAGAGAUGUCACAUAUCUGUAUGGAUACAUUCUUUUGUAUUCAAGAAUCUUUCUUUUGAUGAGAUUAAAGGAAUAGGCAUCCUGUUCAUCUU